AUGCCUUCCAAGGACGCUUCCAUUAUUAUUGUGGGCGCCGGUGUGUUUGGGUUGACUUUAGCGCACGAGCUUUGCAAGCGCGGUUACAUUCGGGUUACCGUCCUUGAUCGCCAUCUUCCUCCUGUGCCAGACGGCUCCAGUGUCGAUAUUUCGCGCGUCAUCCGCUCCGACUAUGCUGAUGCGCAGUACAUGCAAAUGGCCAUAGAGGCUGUAGCUGGUUGGGAAUCAGAGUAUUCGCGAUAUUACCAUGAGACCGGCAUUCUCAUUGUCUCAGACGACGGUGGUCAUUCGUAUCUGAACAAGGCAAAGGAGCAAGUGCAGUCGCAAGGCACGCAGAUUAGUAUCUUUGAUGAUGCAUCACAAAUAAGAAACGCCCACCGCGAGUUUGCGAGUGGCACCCUACAACAGUAUCAAGGAUAUCUGAACCCACGGGCCGGCUGGGCUGACAGCGCUGAAGCGAUACGUUUCCUGGCCGCGCAGUGUGCGGCUUUGGGUGUCUCCUUCGUUACUGGCACACGCGGCUCGGUUGAAUCCCUCGUUCUGGAUGGCGCGCAAGUAGUUGGUGUGAAUGUCAGGGAAGGCCCUGCAUUGCUCGCGGACCAUGUGAUUCUGGCCACAGGUGCAUGGACGCCUCGACUUAUAGACCUUACGUCGAGUGCCGUCAGUACCGCUCAGCCUGUGGGCUUUAUCCAACUUACUGCCGAUGAAGCAGAUAGAAUUAGGAACAUGCCUAUUGCAAUCGAUUUCAGCAGUGGUUUCUUCGUCUUUCCUCCGACGCCACGCUCGAAUAUCCUGAAAUGUGCUCGACAUGGAUAUGGUUACGAGACGCGAGUCUCAGGUGAACAGCAACAGAUCUCAGCGCCAGAGCUUCAUGGCGACGGGACUAGAAGCUUGUUCUUGCCAACGGAUGCCGAACUCUCGCUUCGAGAAGGACUACGGCGUUUCUUCUCGCCAUCAAUAUCGGAGAGGCCCUUUGUCAAGAAGCAUUUGUGUUGGUACACAGAUACUCCCCAAGGUGACUUCAUUGUUGACCAUCACCCCGAUCUCCGGAACCUCUUCCUGGCGACUGGCGGCAGCGGACAUGCAUUCAAAUUCCUGCCUAUUCUGGGAACUUACACCUGCGAUGUGUUUGAAGGAUCGGCUCCACGCGCUCUCCGCCAGAAGUGGGCGUGCAGAGCUGGCGACAAGGAUGUCUUGAUGCACGGCGAUGGCAGUAGAGGAGGCCCGCCCCGACGGCGCCUAGAAGACUGGGAACAGCUGGAAUUCUUGGGGAGGACUUGA